ACACUCCAGUAUCCAGGCAGUUCAUGUCCAAUUCGUGUUUCAUGACCGCAGCACUACACGUCCACUCUCUACAUUAGAAAACGUGUAUUUUAUUACCGAGAAUAAUCAAAAUCAGAAUCGUCUACAAAGACUAGACUUCGUGAACAGAAACUGAAAUCAGAUUGAAGUGGUGGCAGCAUGCCAACUUACAUUUAUUCCGGCCUCCACCCCAGAGAUGGUGCCAUUCCUGUCCACACCUUUUUCUCGGUUGAUGGUGUUAAGCCUGUAGUAGCCAUGAAGGCCAGUAUCAUCAUUGAUGGCCAGAGCCUUCAACGGACUAAUUUGGAAGAGGUCUUAUCUAUGAUGAAUGCAUUUCAACAUUUCUCCAUCAAUAACAUAUACAAAACCAAACAGGAUUAUGAUUAUGCACUUUUAGUGGAGAAUUUGGAUAAUGACUCCAUCCCUGAUAAGCUAGCAGAUGGUAUUUCAGUGCCAGCAUCAUGCACUGGUAUCAUCAUUGACUAUAAUCCAAGGAAAAAAACAUACACAGUGGGUUGUGGCCCAUACAUCUUCACCAAUGUUGUCUCAGAAUUCAGCUGCACAGAUUCCUCAUCUGAGUUCCCAAGUGUUCAGGUUGAGGUGCAUAACAAAUCCAAUAGCAAUAUCUGUGAUCACAAGGUGGACAUUACCUGCAUGAUGGAUUGUAUACUUAAGGAUUUGCCAUCAUAUACUUCCUGUUGUACCAUGCAUGAACAGCAACACUCUCCUCAAGGAGCAUUGAUGCCUCUUGAACACAUUGAAGCAUCUGCUACAGAAAUCCCUGAAAAUGCACCAAACCAUCUGAAGACAAAAUGUAUAAGAAACUGCAGACCCUCAUCAAGCUCAGCCUGUUCAAUGAGAGACAUGCAUCAUGAACAGACUGAAGCAUCUGCCACAGAAAUAGCAGAAUGUGUACCAAACCAUCGGACAACAGACUAUUUUGCCAACUGCAAACCCUCCACAAGCUCAGCCUGUUCAAUGAGAGAUGAGGCUCUUUUUACAGGUGCAGAAGCCAUUAGCAAUUCCUGCACCCUUAUGUCACUUGAAGAGUUUGAGGCUUACAAGCCAACAAUCUCUAAACAGGAGAAGAGAAAUGAAUCUGCACUAAAAAAACUUACAGUAACAAUUGGAAAAAAAACAAACCUUUGAAGAUUAGAUAAGCACAUGAAUUCUCUCUCUCACUGAUGGAAUUUAUUAGAUCAAAAGUAUGCUGUACAAGUUGAAAUUACAAAAGAAGAAUUAAGAAUAUGCAAAGAAAUGAAGAGAAUAGUAAAAUCAUGCUAUUAAAGGAAGAAUAUUUAGAGCUGUAACAUAAGUGUUUAACACAAAAGUGAUGGAAUUCAAAAGAAAUGCAAAUGAGACGGAGGUUAAAUAAAACCCAUAUAGUGAAACUUUCUUGUGUUAAGUGUGUAAUUCAUGAAUGAAAAGGUGAAUGGGUGAAUAAUAUGAUAGAAAUAAGGUGGAUAGUGAAUACUGUGAAAAAUCUAAGACUUGUGAAGGAAAUAAAAGAUUUUAAUUACGGAAUAAUAAUGAAGAAAAUACCAGGAUGGGAGAAGAAAGUGUACACUAGACAUCUACAUGAAGAAAGAAUAGAAUACAAUGUAGUAUGUGGAAAGAUAUCAAAGAGAAUAAAAUUAUAGUUAUUGUAAUGAAUAUUGUAGAAAAGAAUGUCAUAUAGUAGGUGAUGCCAAAAAAAGUGUAUGAUCAAAACAAGUACUACUUGAGAACUCUAGUAUGAUGUGCAUGCUGUGUUGAUUUUAAUGAUGUACCCACUGUAAUUUUCAUUGUGUCAGUAAAAUAGGGACUAAAACAAUGAGUGAACAUUGUGUGAAUUGUGGUCAUAAGAUGUACCUAUAAUGGCAGAUUUAGAACUACUGAAAGCAAUCGAUAACCCAAUUAUAUGUAUGGCCUACAAAAAUAUACAAAACCAUACCAUACCUUUAUAACAAAAAAGAUUAUAAUAAAAAAUUAUAUAUAUAUAUAUAUAUAUAUAUAUAUAUAUAUAUAUAUAUAUAUAUAUAUAUAUAUAUAUAUAUAUAUAUAUAUAUAUAUAUAUAUAUAUAUAUAUAUAUAUAUAUAUAUAUAUAUAUAUAUUUUACCCAUGUUAUAUUUUAUAUCAAUGAUUGAUUGACCCAUUUAUUAUACAGGGGUACUUCAACGUAAGAGUGCCCCAACUUACGAGUUUUUUUGAGAUACAAGCUUUCGCUUGAAUGAUUUUUUACUUUGAGUUGCGAGCCAAAAUCUGAGAUAUGAGCAAGCUUCAGUUACACUGCAGCUAGUUAGCACAGCGAACGCCAUAUCUGCCCAGCAUUUCUCAUCUCAUUCGUUCACUUCAUGUGUAAACAUUUUAUACAUUUGUUAUUUAUAAAUAAAUUUACUUACAGUAAACUGAUAUAAUGAACAUAUAUGGAGAGAGAGAGAGAGAGAGAGAGAGAGAGAGAGAGAGAGAGAGAGAGAGAGAGAGAGAGAGAGAGAGAGAGAGGAGAGAG